CCCAUUCCCCCUGUGACAAGCGGCAUUAGCCGGCCCCGCAGCCCUAGGACGUUCCCAUGCAGACCCACUCCGCGCCGACUCCGCUCCGGCUCUUCCAUGCAGCCGCCUGUCCCUGUAGGAUUGCACAUGCCUCUCACUGCAGGGAGGGGCACCCGGUAACCCCGGCUGGAACUGCGGAGAGGAGCAGCGGAGACUGGGGAAGUACAGGCAGCGGGAGAGCCCGGAGAAUCCCAGGAGCUGCCAGACUGCUGCAGUGUCGGACAGGCUGCUACAGACGCACUGAUCCCUGUCCCCUCAUGUGAGGCUUCGGCCGGUGACAUUUGUUGGCCGCAUCCCCUUGGCUUAGUGCUGCAUUGCUGCUCGCUGGCAAAUGGAUAUUCAUUUCAUAGCAAAUUAAGAUGGCAACAGUGGACAGAAAUUCCCUGAGUCUGUGCAUUUGUUAGUGAACAGGAGCAGUUACCCAAGAUUCUGCAUUUACAACAAACAUAAAAUGAGUAACUCGUUUGGAAGAGCCGUCUUCACUGCCUGAUAUACAAGAGGAAUUUGCUAUGAUCUUUCUGGCACCUUAAUAUUAUUUCUAAUUACCUUAAAAAUGAGUUCGGAAGAAAAAGGCAUAUCACCGGCUCACAAAACAUCCACACCUACGCACAAAAGUGCCUCAUCGUCAUCUUCGUCCCAGAGGGACAGUAGACAGGAAGCUGACAGUUGGGAAAUCAUAGAGGGACUGAAGAUAGGACAGUCAAGUGUCCAAAAACCAGAGAAACAUGAAGGUUUUAUGUUAAAGAAAAGAAAAUGGCCUUUAAAAGGCUGGCACAAGAGAUUUUUUGUCCUGGAUAACGGUAUAUUGAAGUAUUCCAAAUCACCAAUUGAUACACAGAAGGGUAAGUUACAUGGAAGUAUAGAUGUUGGCCUGUCUGUGAUGUCAAUCAAGAAGAAGGCUCGGAGAAUAGAUUUGGACACAGAGGAGAAUAUUUAUCAUCUGAAGGUAAAAUCUCCGGAUACGUUUGACGCCUGGGUAUCAAAAUUGCGCCAUCACAGACUGUACCGUCAGAAUGAAAUAGUGAGGUCACCUCGAGAUGCCAGUCUCCAUAUGUUUCCAUCAACAUCAACUACAGAGUCCUCACCAGCAGCAAAUGUCACAGUGCCAGAGGGAAAGGUACCGCAGAAUAACUUUUUGUGGCAAUCCCCCAUCCCGUGCAGUAACAGCCUACCCGCAACAUGUACCACAGGCCAGAGCAAGGUUGCGGCAUGGUUACUGGACUCAGAAGAGAUGGAUAAAUGUGCAGAGGAUCUGGCCCAAUGCCAGUCCAACUUAAUAGAACUCAGCAAACUUCUCCACAACCUGGAAUUGCUGCAGAGAACCCAGUCAGCACCAAAUUUCAUUGACAUGCAGGCUAACUGUGUAGAUAUAUCAAAGAAAGACAAGCGAGCGUCGAGGAGGUGGAGAACAAAAAGUGUCAGCAAAGAUGCAAAAAUACAACUUCAGGUUCCUCACAGUGCUUCAAUGUCUCCAGUGCGUCUGCAUGCCUCCAACCCAAACCUCUACGCAGAUGUAGAGUUCCAGAAUCCUCCAAGUCAUGUCGUUGAUGCCAUGGAAUUCGCAUCUGAUUACACAAAACUGCAGGAAGAAUUUUGCCUCAUUGCUCAAAAAGUCCAUUCUCUUUUAAAAUCUGCCUAUAACACGAUUGCUAUCGAGAAGGAGAAAAUGAAGCAGAUGGUUUCCGAUCAGGAUUACAGCGGGCAGAGCACACAGAUUGCUCGCCUCAGACAGUCACUCUCUCAGGCACUGAAUCAUAAUUCUGAACUGAGAAGCCGGCUAAACAGAAUUCACACAGAGUCAGUUAUUUCUGAUCAAGUUGUUAGUGUCAACAUUAUUGCAAGUUCAGAUGAGUCUUGUGAGCCAAUGCACGUUAGUCUGCCCUUAUCACAGCAGGUGUCCAACGAGGGCAGAUUGUCUAUGUCUGAAUCUGUGUCUGAAUUCUUUGAUGCUCAAGAAGUGCUUCUUUCAGCCAGCUCCUCUGAAAAUGAGGCCUCGGAUGAUGAAUCGUACAUCAGCGAUGUCAGUGACAAUAUCUCAGAAGACAACACUAGUGUUGCAGACAACGUGUCCCGUCAAAUUCUUAAUGGAGAGCUAUUAGGUGGAGCCUUUAGGACAGGCCGGCGAACUUGCCUCCCUGCUCCGUCUCCAGAUACCAGCAAUAUCAACUUGUGGAAUAUUUUGAGAAAUAACAUCGGCAAAGACUUGUCCAAGGUUUCCAUGCCGGUGGAAUUAAAUGAGCCGCUCAAUACUUUACAGCACCUGUGUGAAGAACUUGAGUAUAGCGAGCUGUUAGAUAAAGCUGCUGAGACAGAUGAUCCUCAUGAACGUAUGGCCCUAAUUGCUGCAUUUGCGGUCUCAGGAUACGCUUCCACUUACUACCGAGCAGGAAGCAAACCAUUUAACCCUGUGCUCGGGGAGACAUAUGAAUGUAUAAGAGAAGACAAAGGAUUUCGUUUUUUUUCAGAGCAGGUUAGCCAUCACCCCCCAAUUUCAGCCUGUCAUUGUGAAUCCAAGAACUUUGUUUUCUGGCAAGAUAUCAGAUGGAAAAAUAAAUUUUGGGGAAAAUCAAUGGAAAUAUUGCCUUUUGGAACAGUGAAUGUUACAUUACCAAAGUAUGGAGAUUGUUACAUCUGGAAUAAAGUCACCACAUGCAUACACAACAUCCUCAGUGGGAGGAGAUGGAUAGAACAUUAUGGCGAGAUCACCAUACGGAACACAAAGAACUGUGUUUCAAUGUGUAAGAUGACAUUUAUCAAGGGAAGCUACUGGAACUCCAGUGCUAAUGAGGUCCAUGGAGUUGUGAUGGAUCAGGAAGGAAAAGUGGUUCAUCGGCUCUUUGGAAAGUGGCAUGAAGGCCUGUAUUGUGGGGAUGCACCUGCAGCAAAAUGCAUAUGGAGGCCAGGUUCCAUGCCCACCAACUAUGAGCUCUAUUAUGGUUUCACGAGAUUCGCCAUAGAGUUGAAUGAGCUGGACCCAGUGCUGAAAGACUUCCUUCCACUGACGGACGCAAGAUUCAGGCCAGAUCAAAGGUUGUUAGAAGAAGGGAAUGUAGAAGCAGCAGCUAUGGAAAAGCAAAGAAUAGAGGAGCUCCAGAGAAGUAGAAGAAAGUGCAUGGAAGAAGACCAUGUGGAGUACACAACAAAAUAUUUCCGGAAGGUCAUCGAUUUCCAUCAGAAAGAGAUGUGGAUUUCCAAUGACACUUACUGGGAGUUAAGGAAGGACCCUGGCUUUAGUAAAGUGGAUUUACCUGUGCUUUGGUGAUGUUGGAAUGUCACCUUUGAAUAUCACUCUAUAGGAAAAAAUCAAUAUCUAUGCACAAGUCAGUUUCAUAUUUGCUACUACGAUGUCUCUUCUCUUCUGUUGGUUUCUGUUUGGAUGCACAAACAUGCCAUUGGCUUUUGUAUACAUUUAAAGCAAAAGACAGACGUUGGCUAAUGUAUUAUGUUGGAUCCUAUAUGGAGAAAAUUUGCUGCAUUUGUACAGACCUUCAGAGUAGCUGCGUGUACUGGUACCAGUAUGCUUGUACUGCUGCUGAAUGUAACCCAAAGUCAUGUAACGGCGUAACCAAUGCUAACCAUGUAUUUAGCCACUUUGGCAACGCAAGGCGGCCUCCAUCACUUUAUUAAGGAUAAAAAUAGAAAAAAACACAUUCAUUACUAGUGUUUGCACAAAUAUUUUUUUAUCUCUAUAUAUCAGUAUGAACUCCCACAAGCAGCUGGAUAUUUUUCUGGUGCCCAAUGUUGUCCACAUGAGCCUAAAUUGCUUUCCCAAGGGGCCUGUUUCGAGUGCAAUUCUGCUGAAUGCCUCGUGGAUUAGACUAUGGGGACAGGGGGAACAUUUUUAUAGAAAAAUACAGCCAUUACUUUUCUAUGAAUGGGUUAAAAGAAAGGCAUAUACUUAUCAGAGCAAAGAGAGAGAGAAAGUAAAGUCUUUGUGGGGUGCUUCCAGCCUAUACAGCAUUUUUUUUUCAAUUGGCUUUUGGCAUAUUUUAUAAGUACAGGAAUUUUAUGUUAGAUAUAUUCCAUACACUGUAUUGCAGUGGCUCCCUGAAUGCAAAUCUGCUAUCCUCCUGGGGAAAAGGAGAGCAGAGCAGUGAGAAGAGGGCACAGCCAGAAAGGCAGUCAGAGUACAGUUUAAGGUGAAUGCAUAUUUGCUGUUCUAGAUACUGGGGCAAUGCAUAGACUACAGCAGCAUUAACCCUGACAUGUGCUAAGAGCUCCUCCCUUCCAAAUAGUGGAUCUGUAUACCCAUACAUUCUAAAAACCUAUUCUUUAUUAUGUGUGUAUGUAUGUUUAUGGAAGAUCUUUUCUAUAUGUAUAUAAGAGUAGGUGGCACAUUGGCAAGCAUUACUGCCUUAAUGAUUGGCUUUGGUUCUGACCAGGGCACUAUUUCAGUGGCAACUGUAUUUUCUACCAAUGUUUGCAUGCCCCCCACCCCACCAUAAACCAAGCAUAUUCUGGUGCUUCAAUUGAUUUUUAUUGAAAAGUAUGUGCCUGAAGCAGGGAAAUAUGCUACAGGGUUGGAUUGGGCCAGUGGGUGGGGCACCGGGGCAAAAACCCUGUGGGCCCCAGCCCAGACUAGAUCCUCGUCGGCGCUCCCCUGCCGAUCUCCCUCCCCUGAUUGCCCUGAGGAUAAGUAUUAUGUAUUUGCACUUGUGAGGGCCCCUGCACUGAAAGAUCCCAAAUCCUGAAAAGCCCUAGGUAAGCAUUAAGGAUAAAAAGUCCCACACCUGUAUGCAUUAUAUAUAUUUGUAAUUUGGAUAACUAUACCUUAACUAAAAAAUCAUGGCCAUUAAUUAAACUCAAUUAAUUAGAGCCAACAGGAUUGUUUAGGAUUAAUUAUAUCAAACUUGAGAAACUCUCUGCUGCCUUCUUUGUGCAGCCCUCUGCAUUCUGUUCUGAUUUAAGGCCUCACAACCCUGACCAGUCAAAAUGCCUCACAAGGAUUGGAUACUAGCAAUCGCAUUUUAGCAGCUGUAUUUUUUUUCUCUUGAUACUUUUGGGAAAUAUAUAUAUAUACUAUAAACAAAACAAGCAAGGGGCUAUACAGCCUUUGUUGAACGCUCAGAAGCUAUACAAUAGGUUGACAAAAGAAUGUGAUACAAUUUGGGUAGAUUAGAAACUGCGUGAAAAAUGCAUGGCCUGUUACACAAAUAAAUUAAUAAAUAUUGCACAUUU